CGUUGUUGAUGGGAAUCUCACCGUUAUUCCUGCAAGCGCAGACUUCUCGAUAUAUUUCAACUUGGCCAAACCCCCUCCCCCCCAACCCAGCCUCUCCUCGCAACCACUCAACCGCUCAACCAGAAUAUAUCCCAAAGAUGGUCGCCGCAGAGAGGAAGAUUCACCCCGCUCACAUCGACGCCAACUCCUCCGAUGUCCUGCGCACUAAGGUCGUUUGCACAAUUGGCCCAGCAUCAAGCGCGCCAGAGAAGCUCGGCCAGCUCAUCGAGGCGGGCAUGAACAUCCUCCGAUUGAACCUGAGCCACUGCACCCAGGAUUUCGCCGCCAAUGUCAUCAGCAGCGUCCGGGCGUACCUGAAAGACAGCGGGUCCCUGGCUGAAGUCGCGAUCUGGCUGGACAUCAACGGUCCCAAAGUCCGGAGUGGAAAGCUGAAGAACGGCGAGCCAGUGACCCUCCACGCCGGCGACGAGUUUUUCUUUGUCAAUGACGCAUCCGUCGUUGGCGACAACACCCGGGUGUCUACCAGCUACACCAAGGAGAUUGUCAAGGAAGGCGACAAGAUCUACAUCGAUGACGGGCUUUUGUCGUUUACUGUUUUGGAGAGGCUGGCGGAUUCCAUUCGGUGCAAGGUUGACAACUCUGGCAUUUUGGGCGAAAGCAAAGGCAUCAACUUCCCCGGCGCCUUCAUCAACGAGCUCCCCGCCAUCAGCGAAAAGGACAAAACCGACAUCGCCUUUGCCCUCGACCAAGACGUGGACUUUAUCUCCGUCUCCUGCAUCCGCAACGUCGAGGACGUAGAAGAGCUCCGUCUCCUCCUCGGCAACCACCGCGUCAAACUCCUCGCCAAAAUCGAGAACAAGACCGGAAUGGACAACUACGAAAGCAUCCUCAAGAUGGCCGACGGCAUCGUCAUAGAUCGGGGAUACCUCGGCGCAGAGAUUGAUGUGGAGCUAGUGACAAUCGCGCAAAAGAAGAUGAUUGCCCUGGCGAAUGUGGCCGGCAAACCGAUCUUGGUUGCUAACCAGAUGCUCGAGUCGAUGAGAACUAACCCGCGACCGGCGCGGUCGGAGGCCGCGGAUGUGGCGAACGCCGUCAUGGACGGUGUCGACGGGCUGGUUCUCUCUGGCGAGACCGCUAUCGGCGAAUACGUCCUCGACUCCGUCUCCGCCAUGCGCCGCAUCGCCUACCAAGCCGAAAAAAACACCAACUACCUCGAACACCAGAUCAAAACCAUGCGCUCCGUCCCCAAACCCAUCCCCAUCUCCGAAUCCAUCGCCUCCUCCGCCGUUCUCGCCGCUCGACAGGCCAACGCCGCUAUCAUUGUCUGCAUCACUGAAUUGGGCGGGACCGCCCGUUUGGUUGCGAAAUACAGGCCGUUGAUCCCGGUUAUUGCCGCGACGCUGAUUCAGAGGACGGCACGACAGUUGAAUGUGAAUUUUGGAUUGGUGCCGUAUUUUCAUGCGGGGAGUGCGGAUACUGUUAUUCAUGAUACCUUGAAAUACGCCGUAGAACUAGGCCUCUGCAAACCAGGCCAGGUCGCCGUCGUUACCUCUGGACAACAUAUUGGGUUCUUGGAGGGCACAACGACAAAGAUGCAAAUGAUCCAGAUCCCAUAAAUCAUAUUAGACGUCUCUGUUACUCUGUAACGUCAAACUUUUCAGACGGGAUGUACAUCGCUACCCUACACAUUUCAUAACAACCCAACCUCCCCCCUCAAUAACAGAACUGACUCGUCCGAACGUUGUAUUUCCAGUGGGAUUUUUCUCCACCGCCCGUGGAUUUGUGUGGCGUUUUCUUCGUAUAGAAAUUUGAGGUUGUCUUCGUAUACGGU